AUGGAAUGGGGAGCAGCGAAAGCAGUGGAUGGGAAAUAUUCUAACCGUUCGGUAUCAGGAAACCAGUGUACAAUGUCUGCAAAUGGACAAAGAACCGCCGAGUGGAGAGUGGAUCUAGGGGAAGUGGUCAGCAUUAGUUAUAUCAAAAUUUACUACAGGACAGAUAAUAGACCUGGUUACUUUAUUGGUCGAUUCGCUGGGUUUUUCUUAUACGUUUCUAACACUACCUCAAAGGAAAACGGAAUGCUGUGUUUCCAUGAAAUGCAGAAUAUGACUGGUACACCUGUAGAAGACCAGAGGAUCAACUGCUCCGUGUAUGGCAGAUAUGUUAUAUAUUAUAACGAGCGGAGUCCGAGUAUAGUAUAUCCUAAUUACUACUCUCCAGAUGCAUACAGUGAGUUGUGUGAAGUGGAAGUGUACGCUUUACGGAGACCUACCUGGCAGAUGCACAACUGGCCAACCGAACCUAUAAUUUGGGGAGCAGCAAGAGCAGUGGAUGGACAAUAUUUUGAUCGUUCAGCAGGAGGUAACCAGUGUACAAUAUCAGAUGGAAAAGAGACAGCAGAGUGGAGAGUGGAUCUAGGGAGUGUGGUCAGCAUCAGUCAAAUCAGCAUCUACUACAGGACCGGAAAUGCUCCAAAAUGUGACAGUGGAAAAUAUGGCUUACAUUGUAACAGAAUUUGUGGACACUGUCUCGACGGAUCACGGUGUCUUCAUACAAACGGUUCAUGUUUAACUGGGUGUUCUCCUGGAUAUAAAGGACCCAACUGUAUCAGAGGGAUGUUCUGUUGGCUUCAGGGGAACCCUUUGUAA